UCCAAUUAAGAAAUGACCAGCAUACCGGGCAACUCUAUAGAGUUAUAUCCAAAUCGCAGCCUCGUCGAUUUUCUGAAUCAGAGACCAGCAAAAGUUUUCAUAGGGACAAGAAAAGGAUGGGAUUCAUAAUGGAAUUUGCGGAGAACUUGAUAUUGAGAUUAAUGGAGGAUCCAGUGGAGAGGGAUAGGAAGUUUAGGGAGCACGUGUAUGCCACGAAAGAGAGGACCAAGAAGACAUUGGAGAUGUGGAGCUAUCCAAUGCGUCCCUAUGGUUUCUGGACAUUUGAUAGGCACAACGCUCAGUUAUUUUGGGACCCUCAAAUCAGCCAAGUCCCCGGCCGUCGUGAUCCGUAUGAUGACCUCCUUCAGGACGGUUCUUCCUCCUCCUCCACCUAAGCUGCCUCCUUCGUCAACUGACUUUGUGUAGUCGGGAGGAACUGCCAAAGGUCAAAGCUUUUCUACAGCAACUGCUUAUGUAGUGCUUUGUUUCUGAACAUUGUAGCUGGUUAUGGGCUGGGAUAAUUUGUAUAAAUCUCAAUAGUUCAGCUAUGUUGAGAGGGAACCUGUUGAAAUAAGAUUUGUGGAGUUCAGAAUUUCAUUUACCACCCCGAGUCUCCCCUGAUUUAAGUUGUAUCCGCUGUAACAGUUAAAUGUAACAGCAGCCAUUUGAAUGUAGCAGCAGACACUGGAAAAUAAAAGAUCAGGCCACGGUCAACAGAA